AUGAUUUAUGAAAGACAUUGGGAUGAUUAUACCGUUGGGUGGAUUUGUGCUCUACCAAAAGAGCAGACCGCAGCUAUCGCCAUGCUCGAUGAAAGGCAUCCAGACCUUCCGACGCCAAUAAAGGACACCAAUUUCUAUACAUUGGGAUCUAUAAACAGACAUAAUAUUGUUAUAGCUCGUCCGCCCCAAAACAACUUUGGAACAACCUCAACAGCGACUGUUGCAGCCCGGAUGGUUAGCACUUUUCCGUCCAUCAAGGUCAGCCUUUUAGUCGGCAUUGGUAGUGGCAUUCCUCCUCAAGUGAGACUUGGUGACGUUGUGGUCAGCACUCCUACUGGCCAGUUCCCUGGUGUUGUUCAAUGGGACAUUGGCAAGGCAAUAGGAGGGGGGAGAUUUGAACGAACUGGCUCGUUAAAUAAUCCCCCGGCUCCGCUAUUGACAGCUCUUGCGAAACUGAAAACAGAGCAUGACUUGAAUGGAUCCAAGAUACCAGAGUAUCUAGAUCAACUUGAGGAAAUGUGGCCCCGUCCAACAUCAAAAUACUUGAAGUCCAGUCGUCAUAAGGAUCUGUUAUUCAAAUCGGAUUAUGGACAUACUAAUGGCCCAUUUCCAAAUACCUGUGGCCCAGGUGAAACUUUCGACUCUGGUGAUGUUUAUGACUUUGGCGAUAUUCAAGAUUCCGAAGAUGAAACUGACGAAGACUGCCCGUUCUGCGACAGAAACCAGCUUAUAAAAAGGAAACCCAGACAAAUGCGGGUGCAUUAUGGCUUAAUUGCAUCUGGUAACCAAGUUAUCAAAGAUGGUAUCUACCGAGACCAAUUGAAUCAAAAUCUUGGAGGCCGCGUUCUUUGCUUCGAGGUGGAAGCGGCGGGACUGAUGAGUGAUUUUCCUUGCCUCGUUAUCCGAGGCAUCUGCGAUUAUGCGGACUCACAUAAAAGCAAAACCUGGCAAGAGCAUGCUGCAGUUACGGCGGCAGCUUUUGCAAAAGAGCUUUUAAACACUAUAAACACAACUGAAAUCGAAAUAGAGCGACCAGCGAACGAUAUACUUGGAGAAUUGCGCCAAACGAAAGAUGUGCCUGAAACGAAAGAUGUGCCUGAAACGAAAGAUGUGCCUGAAAAAAAUCUUAACACCAUAUCCAUAGAUGUGAAAAACACUACACUUCAUAAAGCUAAACAAGAGAACCCCGAAAACAUUAAAAUUCUCGAUUGGUUGACGCCAAUAGAUUAUAGUCUACAACAACGCAAUCAUUUCCAGAGACAGCAACCAGGAACAUGGCGAUGGCUCUUGGAUUCCAAGAAAUUCCAGAAUUGGCUGAAUACAGGCAACCAAAUUUUAUUCUGCCCAGGUGCACCCGGAGCAGGGAAAACUAUCUUAACGUCAAUUGUGGUUAAUUACCUUUUUUCAACAUUCCGUCAAGGAGAUGUCGGCAUCGCAUACAUCUACUGCAACUACCAGCGAUGCGAUGAGCAGAAUACUGGUGACCUGCUAGCGAGCAUAAUAAAACAACUUACCGAGGCCCAACCUUUCCUGCCAGAAGGUGUAAAAGAUCUCUACAGGAGACAUCAAAGCAGAGGAACGCGGCCAUCAGUUGACGAACUAUAUAAAACUCUUCAGUCCAUCAUAACUUUAUAUUCAAGGAUAUUCAUAAUUGUUGAUGCUCUGGAUGAAUGCCAGGCGUCGAACAAUAGCCGGCGAAAAUUCCUUUCCCACCUCUUCAAAAUACAAGCUGAAAGCGGCAUAAAUAUAUUCGCAACAUCGACACCAAUCCCAGAAAUUUAUGAGAAAUUUAAAGAAAGUACAGUGAUUGAGGUCCGGGCUCACGCCGAUGAUAUGAGAAAUUAUUUGGACAGUCAAAUAUCGCAGUCGGGUUCGACAAUAUUGCGCAUUUGCCGGGAAGAUAUUAAGACGAAGAUCACAGAGGCGGCUGAGGGGAUUUUCCUUCACGCGCAGCUUCAUCUUCGAAUCCUUAGGCAUAAAAGGUCACCGGCGAGUAUAAAAUAUGCACUAGACCAGCUGACUAUCAACGAAAACACAUAUGACUAUGUAUAUGAAGAAGUGAUGAAUUCGAUAAUGAGCCAGAAGGGAGACUUCCCAGAGUUUGCCAGGCUAAUUCUCUCCCUGAUAGUUUGCGCCAAAAGGCCUCUUAAAGCCUCAGAACUCCAACUUGCGCUUGCAAUCGAAUCAAAAGAUUCCCGCAUUAAUACGAAUAAUAUUCCAUCAAUCGAUGGCAUUGUCUAUCCAUGCAAUGGAUUGGUAACAAUCGAGAAUGAAAGCGGCAUAGUUCGUCUAAUUCAUUACACUACGUAUGAAUAUCUUGAAAGGACGCGAGAGCGCUGGUUUCCCGAAGCAGAAGAUACACUCACAACGAUAUGCGUGACCUAUCUUUCAUUAGACUAUUUCGAGGCUGGGCCUUGUGAAACAGUUUCCGAUUUGGAAGAGCGACUUCAGGAAUUCCAGCUCUACGAAUACGCUGCGCAUAACUGGGGGCACCAUGCUCGUGCAUGCUCUAGGUUGGAUGAAGAAGUGAUGUGCUUCUUGAAUUGCAAUAUCAAGGUAGAGGCCUCAACUCAAGUAUUAAUGGUUGGCAACAGACCUUGGGACAGCACCCAAAACUAUCCCAGGCGGAUGACCGGAUUACACUUGGCAGCAUACUUUGGUGUCGAUGAAGCUGUAAGUAAUCUAAUGCAAAAAGAAAGACAUUUAGAUUUGGGGGACAGCUUUGGUCGGACACCGUUGUCGUAUGCUGCCGAAAAUGGCCAUGAGGCUCUCGUUGAGCUUCUGCUUGCAACCGGCGAAGUUGACAUAAAUUCAUCCGACAAAUGCGACCGAACUGCCUUGUCAUAUGCCGCUGAAAAUGGCUAUGAGGCUCUUGUUAAGUCACUUCUUGAGCAAGGAGCAAACACCAACACAAAGGAUAGUAACGGGAGAACGCUAUUGGCAUGGGCAGAUGAGAAUAGGCACAAAGGCACCGCACGUUUACUGCUUGAUGCUGAUUGGAGAAUUGCAUUAGAAGGGCCCUUGACAGGUAUAAAGCAGCCUGGAAAUGAGAAUUCCGACUCAGGGUCCGAUAAUGGCUCCAUCUUCUCCUCUGCAUCUACAAUUCUUAGUACAACUACACUGGGAAUGGAGACAGGAAAAAUGUACAAAGUAUUUGUCCAAGAAUUUGUUACUCUACUUAACGAAGAUGGGGCCCUAAGAUCUCUCACUCUGGAGGCCGUCUCGAAGCAGGAGAUUGGCCCCGGAAGGGCUCGAAACAACUUUCGAAAACUACUAAAGCACUUUGCCAGUGACCUUAGAGUUGAGACAGUCAACGAUCACCACCGAGCGCUUGUUGAGUUUAUAAAAACGAAUUUGUCCAACAUUUCACAAGAACUCUUCUCAGAGUUUUCUGGCGAUGAUCAGAAAGCGGGAGAUGCGAUGCAAGAACCAAGGAUGCAGCAUUAUGCUGCUGGAGAAAGCCAGAAAAAGGGAGAAGAAUAUCUUGAGAUUUCUCAAGAUCUUGAUUCUGUUGAACAACCUAUGACUGCUCACCUCAACAACCCAACUUUAUAUAACAACGUCAACGACCGAGUCGAGCUGAGUGAAUCUGAUGGAGAGAGCGACCAAGACGGUGUAGACGAAGAAGCCGAACCAGAUGAGCUACAUAAUGACCUAUUAAAGCAUUUGGACGAACUGAGACAUUUUAUUCUGGAUAGUACUGCCUAUCAGACCCUUCGUCGUCGAUUUGAUGAGUUUGUUCGACCUUCUUUGCGAUCAAAACUUGGAGGCCUACUCACGAGGUGGUCAAGACAUGAUCACAGACACCACUCCUUCGUUGCCCGCUACAAGCUAUCUGAUCUAGUUGCUGAGCUGCAGUACAUUCAUCCGCAAGAAAUCAGACAGGAUGAGGAUAAUAAGAGCACCCAUUGGCAAGGGUUUUUGGGUUACUAUCAGAAUUUGAUUGAGCAAUGGACCGAGGUAUCCUGGGAUUGGUGGCCAUUGCCUUAUUAUCCAAGGGCUCUAGAGAACGGCGAGAGCCUAUUACGAUGGCAAUGCGAAUGUGGGGAAGAGAGAUGGGCAAAAGUACCCCAGCCUUUUGCCAGACGUCUGAUGUUGUUUGUUCGUGACCUUUCGAAAGAUUGUGCCUCAAUGAGUGGUAACCAAUCUCCUGCUGCCUCACACGCACGAAAUACUGGUGUGCAUGGCUCUUCCAGGAAUACAUUUUCUCCUACAGUACCUUCUCAUAGUGGAGGAGUUCAUCAGCCCCAUCAACCGCUACAAAGAGCAUCCCCCAUCAAUAUCCCCCGAGGCGGAUUAGUCGGCACUCAAGCUGGCGCAAUCUCUACAACUCCUCUUAACCACUGGGUUCUCUUUGCUGUGAAUCAGGGUACGGAGUAUAAGUUGGCACAGAUCUACGUCAGUAAGCUCAGUUGCCAACGUUUCUUUCACGAGUUAAGAGGGAGCUACUUCAACCUCCGGGGGUAUCUCCGUACCUAUUUCAGUGUUUGGAGGUACCAUCACUCCGACUUCUACGAUUUUGAAAAAUUCGCCGAUCACGUAUUUGCCCCUAUAAACAAAGACGCUUUCCCAGAACAAGCAAAUCCUGAUUACGACUAUCGGCCGAAACCGAUGAACAUCAAACCGCCGGUGAGCACGCACGAAUUUAAACAUCACUUCUAUGCACGCCGCAAGCGAAAUGCAAACAUCUUAGUCCAACCACACAGCGAAGUGUUAGACCGCCUCCCGAAAAAAUUGACGGAACUCGAAGAAGGUGGUGAUAAAAGAGAAAUCUUCUGGGGUCUUUACGCACGCGAAAUUAUCAUCCGCAAUAUGCCAAGAACAAGAUCAGCCGUGAACCGUCGCACCUCCACCACAAAAAAGGCCGAAACAAAGCCACCCCCAAAGGUCCCAAAACCAUCACGCGAGCAAAAGGCCAAAGUUGUUAAAAAGCCCCGCCCUAAGAAAGGCAACGAGGCAAGCGAUGACAGUCCAGUAUCCCAUAUAAGCGUUGGAUCCAAAGUUCCAUUGACCGAUGACUUUGGAGGAGCAAUCUAUCUUCACGAUGGAACCAAAACCUCGCUGAAGCGGCUAAUGGAGGAAUAUCACAGCGGCAUUGUUGUCUUUGUAUAUCCAAAGCCUCUAGAUGAUGAUGGGUUCGAGCUAUGGGGUGAGAUGGACCACGCUCAGCUGGGCUGGGAGCCGACAGAGAUGUUCUCAAUAGGCAUCAUUCGAGAUUCUGUAAAGUCAAUUGCUGCGAUUGUGGAAGAUCCCGCAUCUGGCAUCCCUAUUGCCAGUAAUUUGGACGGAUCUUUGAUGAAAGCAAUGUCGAUUACUUCUCCAAAGGGUGUUCCCAAAGCGGGAGGCUUUAUGAUAUCGAAAGAAGGAAUUCUCUUAGCACGCACAAUGGGAAAGCCAUGGAAGAUUAUGGAUGACUUACAAAGGGUAGUGUCUGGUAUGUUGGAGGAUAUGUUGGAGGAUAUGAACGGGGAAUUGGAUGAGUAG